UUAUUGGAGUAGUCGCUUGUACCGUUGUUAGAGUCAUAACAGAAAUUUUAACUGAACAAAUCGUCUUGGAUUCUUUCAUUGGUGGUUUUGUUCUUUCACAGUUUAGAGGUGUUUUUUGUAUUAUUCUGUCACCAGUUGUUGAAGCACCAUCAUUGAAGUCAUCAUUAGAGUCAUGUUGGAGUCAUCAUUGGGGUUUAGGCUGUUGGUGUUGCUUUGUUGAUGCUGACUUAAAUACGAUGCUAUAG